AAUUAGCAACUGGGUGAGAGUGGCAAAGUGUGGAUUGACGCCUUGCCAAAGGACGCUAGGCCAUGGUGGGAUUCGAGCACACAAUCCUCUGAUAACAAGGCGAGAGUCAGAACCGCUACACCACGGCGCUUCCAUACAUCUAAGAACGAAGGAUAGGAAAAUCAUUCUAUCAGUCUGAUGAGGAAACAUGAUCGUACUUAGAUCAACAUCGUUUGGGAGAAUCAGAGUAGAGUUUCCAUCAUGGCUGACACAUUAAAAAAUGUCAUCUCCCAGAGUACAGAAUGUCCUGUAUGUCUUUCGACCUUCACUGAUCCCAAGAUCCUGUCUUGUUCUCACACCUUCUGCAAGCCUUGCCUGGACAACCUCUUGGAGUGCCAUGGUAAUUACCAGAUCCGAUGCCCUGUCUGCAGAGCUGUAACCCAGGUCCCAAACCAAGAUGUCAGCAAACUACAGGUAAAUCUUGCUUUGAGGAAUCUAAUAGAGGACAUGAAGUGUCAUCCCCAGAUUUGCACGAGUUGUAAAUCCGAUGACACGCCCAGUGCUGCUGUCUACUGCCAAGACUGUGGCAAGUAUCUCUGCACCACUUGCCUUAACACCCACUCUCAAUGGGGAGAUUUCAUCGAUCAUGAAGUCAUAGCCAUGAGUGAGAUAUCAUCAGGGAAGGUGACGAUACGUAGAUACCGGAAAUGCAGGAAACACCCAAAAGAAGACGAGGAGUGCUUCUGUUCCAACUGCAGGAGAUUCACAUGCUUCAAGUGUGUUGUCAUGGAACAUAAAGACGAAGCUAAGCACCAGGUCACGGAGGCAGCUGCUUAUGAGAACAGACACAGGGAGAGCAUCGAAGACAUAAAAUCAAAGGUGGAUGAGAAGGAAACAUGCUUCAAGAAGUACUUAAAUUUCAUCGAUGAACAGAGGAAACUUGUUGCCAAUGCUAAGAAAGGGUGUAUAGAUGAUAUCAACAAGGCUUACGAUGAUGCAGUCCGACAGAUGACAGAGAGAAGAGACACCCUGCUUGGAGAAGUUACGGAAAUGACCGAACGAGUAGAGAAAGAACUGGAAGAGAUGAAGACAUCGGCUCAGAAGUACAUCAAUCAGUUGACGACCGUUGCUGACAUGGUAACCAACAGAACAAAGAUUCCGUUCGAUAUGGAUACUUUGGCUGCACACGACACUCUCUGUGAGGAGAUACGAGAGGCCUUUGAUCAAGAUGAUCCUGACUACGAGAAGCCCAGGAAUUCAAGCAAGAAAGGGAAACGUGUCAGUUUUGAGAGAAACGUUCGAAAGGACGAGUUAGAUCUCGGUAAGAUUGUUCAGGCAGUUGAAAAGAAUGUCGCUUUGCCUACUAAGAACAGCAUGAAUUCCAUGAUUAGUACUCCAGAUGAUAGGAUGGCAGUAGGGUGCUGCACAGGUGGCAUCAACAUCUUCUCUUCUGACGGCGAAUUCCAACAGACAGUUCUCAAGUAUGUUGCGAUUCAUGCGGUAGGGUUCCUCUCUGAUGGUCGAUGUAUUGUGAUCAAUAAUGCAAACGAUAUCACACUCUACACACCAGAAUACGUAAAAUUGAAUGUAAUGUUUCAGUCUAUGGGUAUAGAUGAAGGCGGGUUUCAUAAUCUCACUGUUGGUUGUGAUGAUCUGAUCUAUGUGAGCUACAUGAAAGCCCAAAAGAUCCUUGUAUUUUCAGCAGCAGGUGGGCAAGCAGUCAGGGAGAUACCAUGCAAUGGAUAUACGCCUAACCAAAUCACUAGUUACGAUGACUCUCUUCUCGUUAACAACGACACAGCGAAUACUUUACGAUUGAUAGACAAAGAAGGUGCUGUACAACAUACAUUAACCAAACCUGGUAGUUUCAUUUCUGCUGCUGUAUCUCAAGGUAAUCUCAUCCUGGUAGCCACGGUGAAGCAUGAAGAAGGGUUAGUGAGUAUUGACGAGUAUACAAAUGAGUUCACACCCAUACAAAACAUUGUAAAUGAUUACAAGAUUGAAAAGCAUAGUAGAGGAUGGUAUUAUCUCCAGCAGUACCGAUCAGGCGAGAUCGCUUUCUGCACUCCGGAUAGACUCUAUAUAUUCCACUGAUAAUAGUGGAUCAACUUGAUGCACUUUACAGUUUUACGGUAUCACUAUAUCUUGAGUAAGGGGUGGGUCGUAUCCACUGAAUUGUACCCUUUUUAACGUUAUUCUUGAAACUGAUUAUACAAAUCAUUUAAUUAUACAUUUGAAGUCAAGAACUUCGUUUUGUUCAGUUAGAUAUAAAUUUAUUCUAUAUUAAACGAAUUUCCGCAUUACGAGUCAACUAGAAUUGAUGGGUUUGAAUUCAGCGUGCUUGAAUUGGCUUCGGUGUUGCUUAGCUAAUAGUGACAUGGGGAAACAGUCUAGGCAAGGUAGAUCAGAAAAGCUUAGAAUUUUGUAAUUGAAAGGGCACAAUUAACCACAACCAAAGACACAAUCAUGUUGAGAACAUUUAUCUUGAAACAGUUUGUCUUCGUCGACCUGAGGUCGUAACAUCUUUGUAUUACACCCCCUAUUGGAUUCCUCUUAGAUUCUUCUAUUCAAAAUAGGUCAUUGUACAUGUAAAGUACAAAAAAAUUACUAUGGACAAUACACGAGAAAUCGUUUAAUUUCGUUGUACUUACUGACAUAAGAUAAAUGUUUAGAAAAAGUUCUUGUUUAUUUUGAUUACUAUACUUUUGUCGAAUUCCCUCCCUAAAAUUGAUAAAUCAGUUAAAAACGAUCACACUUUGAAAUAUUAAAGACUUCACUUGUCAACUUAAAAGUAUCUUGGCGAGUGAGACAAUGCAUUAUAAGCUCUAACAAACAUUUAUUCCAAUGUAUAUUCCGAAUUUUCGACGCAACCUUGCGUCUUCUUUCGGGAUACAAAAUUUACAAUGUUGGAACUUAAUGCAUUAUCUUGCAAAGAUAUACUUUGUCUUUUUUGUCUCUUCAUGUUUAUCCAACAUGUUUAUCUUACUUCAGUUCGUCUAGAUUUAUUUGAAAUCCCUGCAAUGUAGAGUGAAGGUUUCAUGAUUUUCUUGUUACGUAAGUGCGCAAGACUUGCUUGGCGGAGUUUGAAGCUGUAUAGUGUUUUUAUUAAGUAUAUUUAGCUUAUCAUCAUACUUAGGUAAGGAAAAAAAAUUGAAAGAAGGCGGCUCGGCUUAAUGGGCUAUUAUUUCAAGGUAUUUUAUACUUUAAAUCCUGUAUUUGAAUUAGUAAUGCCUUACGAAUUAAAUCAGUUAUUUAAUAU